CUGGAUCGGAGCUCUUUUCAGUUUUUGUCAGAUUGUUAUAUGUUCUUUUGUUUUGUUGCGUGUUUUUGAAUUUUGUUGAGAUUGCGACUAUUUUUCUGAAUCUGCUUCCACUUGUCAAGUUAAUUGAUAUUUCUGGAACAGCAGCUUUUACUUCUUCUUUUAUAGAUCCCUUUUCCCACUUGCCUCAUCAGAUCAAACAAAAAGUUCUCCCACUUUAUAACAAUUCAACGCUUUUUUUUUUUCUCACCUGAAUCGUGUUGGGAUCUUGUCUUAACUUGAGAAAGUCUGUCCUAAUGGAAUCAAGACUUUGAUCAGGAAUAUAAUUUUGAUCUUGGUGGCGAAAAAAAAUCGAACAUGGAAGGAGGUGUGAUUUCGGGAUUUGGAGACAGACACACCAAUGUGGAUGGGAAAGUGCUGCAGAGUUUCCAGAAGAGCUUUGUGAAUGUUCAAGACAUUUUGGAUCAGAACCGGCUGUUGAUCAACGAGAUCAAUCAGAACCACGAGUCCAAUCAACCUGAGAACUUGAGUCGAAACGUUGGUCUGAUCAAAGAGCUCAACAACAAUAUCAGAAGAGUAGCUAGUCUUUACGGUGAUCUCUCUCAUUCUUUCUCAAGAUCAGUGGACGCUUCGUCGGAUGGUGAUUCUAGUGGAACACUUGGGAUAGCUAACCAGAAGAGAUUUAGAUCCGGUUAGUAAUAUAACCGAGAACCACCGAAGCUGAUUUAUAUAUUCAAAGAAUACUCAGAGCUAAUUGAUUGAGGAGAAAGAAAAGAGGGGUUUUACUACUGUAAUAUCACUGUUUGAAUGAUUGUUUUACUACAAUAUGUUUCACCAUGAUGAUUUUCAGAUUAAAAGAGUUCUUAUAAUUGUUUUUUUU